UUCACAUCACGAUUAUACGGUGCCUCCUCCACAUCACCCGCAGCUGUGGCUGAAAACUCUAGAAACGUCUAGUAGGUACGUACGCUCCAACUGCGUCAGUACUGUCAUUCUCAUCCUGGGAUCCGCAAGAAGAUCCGGAGUAGAGUCCACAGGCUAGAGGCGUUUACAUUGCUUGUUUGUGGACAGCAUCCCUUAUUUUUGCAGGCAUCACCUUUCUUUUCAAGAGACUGUUUUACCUACGAAAAAGAAGCUCACUUCACGUCCAGACAUGCAUCCAGCAACUGCCAAGUGGUACGAUAGGAGGGACGCCGUUUUUAUAGAGUUCUGUGUAGCAGACAGCAAAGACCUUAAAAUCAAUUUUGAUAAAGCAAAGUGUGGUUUCAGUUGUGUUGGAGGAACAGACAAUGUCAAACAUGAGAAUGAAAUAGACCUUUUUGAAGCCAUCGAUGAAAAUGAAUCCAAACAUAAACGCACAGAUCGCUCAGUGUUGUGCUAUUUACGAAAAGCACAGCCAGGGAAGCCAUGGCCGAGGCUAACAAAAGAGAAGGCUAAGCUGAGUUGGCUCAGUGUCGACUUCAACAACUGGAAAGACUGGGAGGAUGACUCGGAUGAGGAGAUGGGCAACUUCGAUCAAUUCUCAGAUAUGAUGAACAACAUGGGAGGGGAGGAUGACCUGCCUGAUCUAGACGGUGCAGAUGAUGGUGCAGAUGAUGAUGAGUCUGCAGAUAGCGAUGAUGAGAAAAUGCCAGAUUUGGAAUAGAAGACUGUAAGACUCUGGAAAGAAAAUGGAAGAACAUAGGGCAAGAGGAAUCAUAACAAAUGUAUAUCUUGAAAUUGAAGGCAGUGACCAACAACUGUACAUAUGAGUCAGUAGCCAUAUUUAAAUCCAUAGCCUCAGCUCAAAACUCUCGACUGAUCAGUACACUGAAGAUUGAUAUGCAUGGUAUUGUACAGAGCAGCUAUCUCCACUUCCAUUUGCUGUACUGCACCUUUUUGGGUAUCUUGUUUUACUGUUAAAUAUUACAAGUAAGCACACAUUAUUUGUUGGAAAAGCUGUCUAGUUGUCCUAAACUGAGCAAUACGUGUUAACAGGUUUACAAUUUGUUUUCAAAUAAAUUGUGGUUUAAAAUGAUUAGGCCCACCCAUUCCCAAUGUUGUGGUUUUCAGUAAGUCGACCGGUGUAGUUUCUCUUGAUUUAAAAAGACACUAGCUAUGUACAUCAUACAAAUUGGAUGCAUUUACUGAUUGGGUUCCUCUAAAGCCUUCCAUGUCCCGUGAAUUGGAUAUCCAGGGAGCCAGUCUUUUGUUUCUGUGGCUUAACCUUCCAGCCUACAUGUUUCCCUUUACUUGUUUUAAUGUUUAUAAAAUUGGAAUAUUCUGAAAUCAUUGCAGCAUCUUCCCAGUUUAUAACCUACUUUGUUAAUCUGAAUGGAUUCUACAUAUUUAGUAUCUUUACAGUUCCUCUCUCCAUACCCUCCUAACAUGCACACUCAUGUUAAACUGCAGAAGUAAGGUGAAAUGUUUUGCAACUGAUACCGUGGCUUGAAGCUUGGUUGGUCCUUAGCAUCAUGUGGUUUGUUGCUAUUCCCCAAGUUAUUUCCGUUUGUUCUUCUAGAAUGAUCCCCCUCUCGCUGAGGGCUUGUUGAACGAUAUGGUGACGUGUAAUGACCAAAUUACAUUUGCACUGUCAAUAAAAUGUAAGGGGAGACCAAUGUUGAAUUUUUUUUUUUAUUGUCUACAUCUUUCUAAUAAACUGUUUAAGAAUCA